CCUCUCUGGGCUGUACAAGCAUGGUUGGCAGCUGAACACUAGGACUCCAGGUCCGUCUAGACUCCAGUCAGAUUCAAAGCCCUAGAGAGAGAAUCCAUUGGCCAUCUUAUGUCAUGACCUGACCUCCAUGAAGAGAAGGAAGGUCUGGAUUGCAGUCUUGUAUUUCAGAGACUUCAGAAGAUUCCAGAAGUUGGAGCAGUUUCCUGGGAUUUUUAAUGGCUCCCACCACAGAUAUCUGCAGAGGAUGCUUUUUCCUAGCUUUAUAGUAAAUUUGUUGCCAAGAAGAGGAGCAAUGAAUUCCUCAUUUCACGUGCUUUUCUUGGAUCUCAACCUGAAUGCCACAGAAGGCAACUUUUCAGGACCAAAUGUCAAGAACAAAUCUUCCCCAUGUGAAGAGAUGGGCAUCGCUGUGGAAGUGUUUCUGACUCUGGGUCUCAUCAGCCUCUUGGAGAACAUCUUGGUCAUAGGUGCCAUAGUGAAGAACAAGAACUUGCACUCCCCCAUGUAUUUCUUUGUGUGCAGUUUAGCAGUAGCUGACAUGCUGGUGAGCAUGUCUAACACCUGGGAGACCAUUACCAUAUAUUUAAUAAAUAAUAAGCACCUGGUGAUAGCAGAUGCCUUUGUGCGUCACAUUGACAAUGUGUUUGACUCCAUGAUCUGCAUUUCUGUGGUGGCCUCCAUGUGCAGUUUGCUGGCCAUUGCAGUGGAUAGGUAUGUCACCAUCUUCUAUGCUCUGCGCUACCACCACAUCAUGACAGUGAAGCGUUCUGGGGUAAUUAUUGCGUGUAUCUGGACCUUUUGCACAGGCUGUGGCAUUGUUUUCAUCAUUUACUAUGAAUCCACUUAUGUCAUCAUUUGCCUCAUCUCCAUGUUCUUUACCAUGUUGUUCCUCAUGGCGUCUCUAUAUAUACACAUGUUCCUCCUGGCAAGGGCUCAUGUCAAGCGGAUAGCAGCUCUCCGUGGAUACAGCUCCGUGCGGCAAAUGACCAGCAUGAAAGGAGCUGUCACCCUGACCAUGCUGCUGGGCAUUUUUAUUGUGUGCUGGGCUCCGUUCUUUCUCCAUCUUAUUUUGAUGAUUUCUUGCCCCCAGAACCUCUACUGUUCUUGCUUUAUGUCUUACUUUAAUAUGUACCUUAUACUCAUCAUGUGUAAUUCUGUGAUUGAUCCUCUGAUAUAUGCCUUCCGCAGCCAGGAGAUGAGGAAGUCCUUUAAAGAUAUUAUUUGUUGCCAUACCUUCAGAAUACCCUGUAGGUUCCUUGGCAGGUAUUAA